CACAGAACAAACAGUAGUUCUCUCUCCCCGCACCUCUCCUCUCUCUCCUCUUAUUCAAAACUAGGGUUCUUGAGUUGUCCAUGGAGAGAGAAGAAUGCAGCAGCAGCGAAUCCGGUUGGACCACGUAUAUUUCUUCGCCUAUGGAGGAAGACGAGGAGGAGGUAACUGAUGAGGUAUAUUAUGAAGGGCAUAUCAUCGAAAAAGAUCGAAGAAAAUAUGCCAACGAGUACGAAAGCAACAAAGACAGCGACGAUUCUAUGGCUUCCGAUGCUUCUUCCGGGCCAAGUUAUCACCAAACGAGCAACAGAGGGAGAAGGAGAGAAGGUCUCGUUUUAAGAAACGGGAAAAGUGAAAGUAAUAGUAAAAGUAAUGAUGUUUAUGAUUAUAAACAUGAUGAUAAGAAUAGUGGUAAUCAUAAAUGUAGGACAAAAGAGAAGAAAAAGGGUGAAAACAAGACUAGAUCUUCUAAAAAGAAGUAAACUUUCUUCUUCUUGAAGUUGUUUGUAUGUAAAUUGGGAUUGGAUUAUUGAUUUCCUUAUUUUUGUGUUGGGGUUUUUUGAUACCUCACGCAAAGGGUGUUUGAUUAUUUAUAUUUUUUUCAGUUGAUAUUUAUAUUCUCGUAUGCCACUCUUGUCUCUUGAUUAUUAUUAUUUUUUUUUACUCCUCAUACUAAUGCAACAUGAUGAUUAU